GCUUGUGUUUUGCGUCAACAAGCACCGUGACACAGUAUUCGAGCAUAAAUACUAUAUCUCGUUACAUAUAAGUACGUAUUUGUUGCCGCUAAAACGUAAAGGAAAAUAGGUUACUCAGCGAGCGUCGGUCGCUGUAACGCAGUACGGCAACCUUUCCCAUGAUGCAAUGUACCAGAAGUGGGAGCCCAGCGCGGAAUUAUGCGAAGAGUGAGUCGGCGACCCUGCGAGGACGGUCCGCUGCUGGAGGAGCAGGAGACUGAAGGACAGCGGCAGCUUCAUAGUCUUCUGCUGCGGCAACUCCACACCCAAGUCGACAUCGACAGAUGUGUAGCCAAGAAGAGGAGCUUCGCCCCGGCGGCGCUCUACCGGCCGUUCGGCGAGCAAGCAUCUGGCGUGCGGAGUCUGUCUCAGUUUCAAGCGCUGCAGGAUGACGAGCAUGAGCUGGCCAACCUGCGGGAGCUGGGCCUCACCGACCCCGAGAUCCAGCUGUGGCAAAGCAGGGAUGCCCCAGAAGUACCCGAACAGUGUCACGGCGUUUGCGCGGCUCCCGACGUCAAGCGGCAGCGCCUCCAGGCCAUCCAGGACAAGAUCGCGGCCCGGGCGGAGCUCCUGGCGCGGCCCCAGCGCUUCGCCGCCAGCCAGCCGCUGUCCCGCCGCGAGAUGGAGAUUGAGCAGGCGCUCUUCCAGGGCAGCGAACGCCAGGGUUUCCUCACUGCGCUCUACCACCGAGAUGAAAAUAACCAAGAUGGCCUGCAGGGGGCGGCAUCAACAGAUCCAGUGGCCUCCCUCUACAGGGAUCUUCUCAGCAAGGAGCCUCAAGGCGGGGAAGCUGCCAGACCGUCACGCCUUUCUACAUCAGCGGUGUCACAUGACUCGCUCCAGGGAGUUGACAGCCAAUCAGAGGAAGUCUCUCCGGAACCGUCGGAGCGUCGCGCUUCUCCCCGGCUGGAGAUCAGCCGGCCAAUUGGCAGCCUGCGUGGGGCGGAGGGGGCCGGCUCGGGCCAGCCGCUGACCGUCACGGGGCGGGUGGCGACCGUGACAGACCAGGAAAUCCUUGAGAAUCGUGAAACCCAGGAGGGGAUCCGGAGCAUCCCGAGGUUCCGGAACUACCGGCCUGGAAAACCCUCCAGAGUGGUGUGCGUGAAGAACCUGAGCCCACAGGCGUCGGUGGCCCAGCUGGUGGCGCUGUUCUCCAGGUUCGAGGGGACUGGCGGCGGACCCCCACUGCUGUACCGCCUGCUGACGGGACGCAUGAAGGGUCAGGCAUUUGUCACUUUGCCAGACACUGAAGCGGCCCAGAAUGCUUUGCAGCUGCUCCAUGGUUACCGGUUGCUUGGGAAACCUUUGGUGCUGGAGUUUGGCCGCGAGCGAAAGGAAGCCGACGAUGGGGACUGAAAAGAUUACACCAAGUUCUUAUGACAAGCUAAGACUGACAUUUUUGUUUUGUAUUUAUAUUUAUAUUAUUGUUAUUAGAUAUGAUUUGCUUGGUCUUGCUUUAUUAAAAAAAAA